AUUUUCUUCAAGACCAGCUCAGGUAGGAGGAUGGAUCAGAUAUGACAGCUCCCCUCGACCAAGACAGCUAAACGCGGUGUCAUAUCGAGAAGCCUUGCCUGUCUAACUCGGUUUCAGACACGAGGCACGGAUGACGCUACCCUUGUGCCGUUUUAGGCUGACUGAUCUUUGUCUCCUUCCGCUUGCUUUGUCUUUCCAAAAUGGCUGUGCGAAGAUAUUUCAAUAUUUAAGGCGAAGGCUAGCGGUAUCAGCUCUUCAUUCCCUUACCUUCUCUCUCCCUUUGCCCCGGUGGCACUUUUCCCUACUCCUUCCGGCCCACUACCCACAACGGCGAUGGCAUCUGCCGCACAGAAUGUGCCUCUACUUGAGUCUAGGCUUAUUAAUAAAGCUGAGAGUUCUGGAUCUCGCUUGAAACUCGUGGACGAAA